CCGCCCGUUGGCGUCUCACAGCUCCUCUGUUUGCAUCGCACCAUCCUCUUGGUCCAUCGUCAGGGCGUGGACAAUUCGCCUCGCGUGGACUGCCUAGGACUCGGCUCAGCUCAUCUGAUCUGGAGUUCUGGUCCUGGGUUCGAAUUUACGAUGGCUAUUUGCCCCGAUUCACCGCUUUCACUUCUGCCUCGAGCAGACAUCAGUCCUUUUCUCUCGGCUUCCACACUACAGUCUUCACAUUUCACUGCAUCAACCGUUGCCACUUGGUUCUCCAUACAGCCAAACUAACAAAUUUCUCAGACAAACUCAAACAGUCAACAUGAAGACCGCUGCUUUCGCCCUCUCUGCGUUGGUCGCCGUUGUGGCCGCCCAGGAUUUCUCUGAUCUGACCAGCUGCGCUGCUGAAUGUGGCCGCAGCAUGCUCAGCUCCUCCAAGGCUCGUGAGCUUGGCUGUGAGGAUGCCGACAUCCAGUGCUUGUGCCAGAAUCCCGACUUCACCUACGGCCUCCGCGACUGCGCUCGCGAGGCUUGCUCUGGUGAUGACCAGGAGGCCUUGGUCAGCGCUGGCCUGAAGGUCUGCGCCAACGUCGGCGUUGGCAUUACCACCGGCUCUGAGGGUAACCCUACCAUCACCGCCACUUCUACCGCUGAUGCCCUUGUCACCACCAUCACCUCCGAUGGCAGCGCCUGGACUACCUCCACCAUGGACCCCAGCAACGUGGUUGGCUCGGUCACCUCCGCUCUGGGUGACAUUACCUCUUCCGCUGGCAACGCCGCCAGCUCUGCUAGUGACGCCGCCAGCUCUGCUCUGGGAUCCGCCAGCGACGCCGUUACCUCGGCUGUGGGAUCCGCCAGCGACGCCGUUACCUCGGCUGUGGGAUCCGCCAGCGACGCCGUCACCUCUGCUCUUGGCUCUGCCAGUGACGCUGCCAGCUCUGCUAGUGACGCCGUCACCUCUGCUCUGGGAUCCGCCAGCGACGCCGCAUCUUCUGCCGCCGAGUCUGCUAACCCAUCCGAGACCGGUGGCGAUAACGAGGACGCUGCUAUGCCCGUGCGCACUGCCGCCCCUGCUGCCAUUCUCGGCGCUGCUGGUCUGGCUAUCCUGAUGCUGUAAACGCACCAGGCACAGAAUACCACGCUUUUUUACGUUCAUGUUGCACGCGUUUUAACACAUAAUACCCCGAGACCUCUCAACAAGACGACUUGUCCUUGACACAUCCUGUCCACGACCUGCUCUCAGCGAAUA